CUACACACUGCACCACACACUCCACGCCAUGUUGGUUUCCCUCACCGUCGGCAAGGUCGACGCCGGUGUCGCGGUUCUUCUGACCGAAGACAAGCGACUGAUUGAAUUCCCGUCCAUACUGCUCCCACCCGACAUCCAAUCUGGGAGCAUCGUCGACAUCAACGUCGCUCGCAACCAGCAAGCCGAGAGCAUCGCCGACCAGAAAUUUCACGCCCUCCAAACUGACAUCUUGAGCGCAUUCGGCGCUCAGUCCCCCCAACCUCCUCAAUUGCGCUGUCGCAAUGCCACGCAGACGAGUAUCGUGCUCGAAUGGGAUCCUGUCGAGCUCGCGACCGCCGAAUUUCGCAGCCUGAGUCUGUAUCGCAAUGGCACGAAGGCUGGCAAUAUUCCUCGUGACAAGAUGAGCACCAAGAUCAGUGGACUGGCAUUGGACACCGAAUACACCUUCCACUUGGUGUUGAGAACGAGCGCGGGACAGUACUCGUCAGAGAAACUGAAUGUCAAGACACACAAGAUGACCGAUUUGCACGGCAUCACCAUCACGCCAGGUGUAAUGCCUGGCCAGCUGAAGGACAGCUUGGCCGAGACAGUGAACAGAAUUGGCGCGAAGAUGAUCGACUCCGUUCGCAUAGACACCACACAUUUCGUCUGCACCGAAGCGAGAGGUCAGGCGUGGGAGAAAGCAAAGGAGAUGAACGUGCCAAUCGUAGUGCCAGAUUGGGUCAAAGGGUGUGAGAGAGAAGGCAGAAUUGUUGGUGUGCGAGGCUAUUACCUCGAUGCUGAUCCCAAGUUGCGACAAAUGGGCCCGAGUACGCAUCAGCAGCGCGCGAGUGUUACGAGUAUACCCGAGCGAGCGAGAGACAGUCCUAGGAUCGAGACCACGCCGCCCACCCCAGAACGCUCAGGCAAUACGAGACGUGACGAGGAGGACGAGGGCGUGUCUUCGCCUGGUGUGGAACCGCCAACGCCGCCGCCGAAGCCUUCGAGUCCGCAAGAACGGAUCCCGCAGACGGCCGGCGUAUCUUCGUCAUCGGUGACGGGAACGACGUUGAAUGAGAAGGAAGCUGAAUCAUCAGACGAAGAGUCGGACGAUACUGAGACGGAGGAUCCCGAGAAGUCGACUUCAGCCGGCAAAGUGAAAGAAGCCAGUGAUACCGAUGUUGGCAAAGCACCACCUUCUGCAGGAGACGAGCAAUUCUCGGAAGUGGAACUAUAGCACAGCAUCUUCGUUGCUUUUGUCGCGGCAGAGACGCUGUCUGCAUUUAUCACGACUGGAGCGGCUUUCUGCGAACCUGACAUGAUUCUUCUGGGGCUUCAUUCAAGGGAAGAACUCAACAAUAUAUGCUUACGAGUAUAAACAAACAACAAUUCGGACUCCUGUGCGCGCUCGUGCCAUUCGCAGGGUGCGCCGACGAUAGCAAGUCAUCGGAGAAGAUAACUGAUCCCACAGAGCCGGUCUAUCAAACAGCGCUGGGGUCCUUCGAGCGAGUUGCUUCGGGGCACUCAGUAGACACGUGAUCAAAUGGCAUUGACAUUGACGAGCGAUCACGAGUGAAUAGGUACCCCGAAUCACCGAAUGGCUUCCCAGCUCCAGUCCAAUGCCACAACGCCCUGCAGCUGACAUUGCGGUACCUCCAGUGACAGGAUCGAAUCCUGAGACAUUAUGCAGAGCGCGACAUCACAGCCGAGGGAAGCACACCGAAUGAUUGUGCAUCGCGAUCCUUAUUUCCAAUUUCACAACUGUGCAGAAGAACGAUAACAAUACUGUUCCAUUGAUCCUCAGCGUUGGAUUUGCUCUCCUCCGCAGGCCUCACAUGAGAAUCGACUCUAGCCACACGAAGAGCAAUUGACAGAAAGAAAUUCAAUGGCAAGUUGACAUUAUCACUGCCGACACUAUACGACGGCCGACCGG